AGUAAACCGAUAACGCAAUUAUUUAAUAUUCAAAGAAACAUCGAAUGCCUUCAGAAUUUCAUUGUAGUUGCACUGGGUGUUUUGCUUUGGUGUUGACUGUUCAAAAAUAUUGAGAUCAGAUAUUAUGCACUGUUGUUGGGUUUUGAGUUUUGUAUUUUUACUGGAUUUGAUAAUCGGUUCAGAUUCAGCCCAUCCAGAUUUUGUCAUUAAGGAUUGGAUGGACAGUUGUGAUUUGAAAAGAAUGAAGGCGGAAGGAGAAGUGCCAACGACGAAAAGAAUAAAAACAACUAGGAGACCAAUUCCAGGAGGGGUUGUAGAGACAGGGCCAGCUGGAUUUCGUAAAACCAAUAGAAACCCGAGGAUAGAUGUAUAUGCGAAAUUAGACCAACUAGUGAAGGAACUGAAACAAAAACUCACUGCAGAUGCGUAUGAACGAGGAGCUUCUCCAGAGUUUGGCGAGCCUGCUGUCGCACCAAGAGGAUUUGGAAAAGCAUGGUACGAUAUGUAUGAAGACUAUGAACAAUAUGACUGAAUUCGUGAAAUGUGUUAAUGUGAAGCAAGAGAAGAUCUGCCCAUACAGUAUUUCUUAAUAGAUUAAUUUAUUAAAUAUAGAAUGAAAUUAAA